CAAAAUCCCGUCGUCUUUCAAGGCAUUUUGCAGAAUUGUCUCUUUGAUCGCUGCCUACACGAGCGAGUAAUUGAGGUGUCUGAAGACUCACAAAGACGAGGGUAUAGAUUUAAAUUGACUUGGUUUACCUGAUUAAAUCACCAUAUAAUGUAUUUCGCAGCCUUGGUGAUAUCGCUCCGCCUAUGCAGUUCGGGGAGUAGUCUUUCAGGGGAUCCUUGUGCAGUUGUUCCCGGAAAAGGUAUUUUUGUGCACAGCCACCUAGUAGAAACUCUAGCAGAGGAAAAUAACUCAACCUUCAGUGGCAUUUCGUUCAAUAUCUAUCAAGACACAAGAUCCCUACUCUGCCAAAUCCCGUCUGCCGAAUCGAGGAAAUCAUGAUUCCACUGGAGCCAAACUAGCUCUGUACUUCUCCACCUCCGGCAGCAAAACCUUCCACCUCUCAAGACUCUCCUUCGACCAA